AUGUUGUUCUUGACCUUCAUAUGUUCAGUUCCUAUCCUGGCGACAGCUACUGAGGAGACUACCUCACUUCCAGUCGGAUGGCAGGAUGGCCCUAAUCGACGGGGCACCUGGGACAUUGUUCUGAGUUGUUUGACAACCAUUCUUGCCUGUACAUGGACUAUCCAACAUCUGAAUGUUCCGGGGCAGUCAGAUCACGAUGGAAUUGUCAGAAUAACUGUGCAAAGGCUAAAAUGGAUGGCGAUCUCAGUUUUAUUGCCUGAGUUUAUUUUGGCACAUGCGUUUUUCGAGCUCAUCUUGGCUGUACAAGGAACGGAGGACGUCAAGAAGUACACGCACAAGAAGGUCGCUAAGUAUCCUUGGAUGAUCCGGCCACUCGUCUCUAAAUCAGCUCGCAGUCAGCAGCAAGAUGUCGAGACUGCCGAAACCAAAGGUAGAUUGGAACCCUCCAAGAAACCACAGGAUGAGGAUCUCUCAACCCCCGAAGAGUACAAAAGGCCCGACACCAAAGAAAUCCCAGAUUGGACACUUGCCCACUCUUAUUUCGCAAAUAUGGGCGGAAUUUAUUAUCAAGGGAAUAUUCAUUGCCCCUUGACUACCUCGCAAUAUGCCCAAGAAUGCGAGCUCUACGAGAUGCCCAAAGUUACCGAAAGCGACAUUGAAAGUCGAAGCAAACAAGACUACACCGCGAAGGGAAUUGCUCUCCUGCAGAUAGCACAACUAGUUCUUUCUCUUAUUGUGCGAAAAACGCAGAACCUGCCUUUCUCUCAGCUGGAAGCCCUCACACUCGGUCUGGCUGUUUUUGGGAUAGGCACGUACAUUGUAUAUUGGUAUAAACCUCAAGACAUAAGUGCUCCAAUAACAGUCCGGCAUAAGAAGCCUGGCGCCGAACCACUCAAAUUUAUACAAAAUCACGACAAUUUCUGGGAAAUCCUCACCAACCACCGAAGCUCUCAUGAUGACCAAACAGUUAAUCGCAUCAAGAACGAUAAUAUCCCUCUAGGAUCAUCAAAGACAGCCCAUAUGGCAAUUCCAACCUUAGCCGUCAUGUCAGCAGCAUUCGGAUGUCUCCAUCUGAUAGCUUGGAACUUCGAGUUCCCUACAGAUAUUGAAAAGAUUCUAUGGAGAGUUGCCACCAUUCUCUCAAUCACGGUUCCUAUUACCGGCCUUGCGAUCAUUCCCCUAGCUCAAUUUACCGUUCAGACAGACAGGACGCGCGAGAUCUAUACCAAGCAAAAAGAAGGCUAG